CCGCACUCGAAAAGGCGAAGAAAAGAAGAAGAAACAUCUUCUGCUUUCCUCUCUCGCCGUCGCCGUGGGGAGUCUCCAACUGUGCCUUUUCCGCUUUGCCUGGGGGGAAGAUGAGCAUCUGCCUCGCCUUCUGCCAUUCUUCUUGAUCUGGUUCGCUCUCCUUUCUGUCUGUCGUUUCUGCACCUUUCUUUCUCCGGCGCUCUCGCCUGCCUCUUCACGGGGCAUGCAUCGUCUUUUGCGUCUUCUCCCUCUUCUUCUGCGUGUCUCUCAGUCGAUUCUUCCCCUUCUCUGGACUUUUGCGCAUCUCUCGCGUUUCUUUCUUCUCCCGUCUUCCCUACUUUCUUCUUCUCCUUUUUCUUCUCUUUUCUUCUUCUCCUUUUUCUUCUCGCUUCUCCCCUCUUGUCCUCUCUUCUCUCUCUUGCUUCUGCCAUUUUGAAUUCAGAGUGUUCAGGAAAAUGGAGGAAAAGGGGACGGCUCGACAGUUGCCUCGGAGGAACUCGGCCUACGCAAAGCAGGAAUACUGGGAAGAAAGAUUUGCAGCAGAGAAGCACUACGAAUGGCUGGAGUCUCCAGAGUCUCUGCUACCGCUUCUGCUUCCUCUCCUCCGUCCGUCUAUGCUCGUCCUCACAGUGGGCUGCGGCAACAGCGAACUCAGCGAUGCGCUAGUGGCAAGUGGAAUGCCGUUCGUCUUCAAUCUCGACUUCAGCCGCACAGUGCUUCAAGCCAAACGUCGACACGAAAGGGAAUGCAUCAGGAAGUACCUGUCUUCUCCCUCGCCUCCUUCUUCGUCUUCUCCCUCGCCUCCUUCUUCGUCUUCUUCUCCGUCUCCUUCUCCUCGCUCUCCUUCUUCUCCUCGAUCUCCUUCUUCUCCUCGCUCUCCUUCUUCUCCUCGCUCUCCUUCUUCUCCUCGCUCUCCUUCUUCUCCUCGCUCUCCUCCUCUCCCGCCAGUAAUGGAGUAUCUCUGCGCAGACAUGACGCGCCUCGAGUUCCUCCGCGCAAACGCGUUCGACGUCGUGAUCGACAAGGCGGCGAUGGAUGGUGAGAGAACCCGCAUAUAUCCACACAAAUGUACAUUUGUAUAUGUAUAUUCAUAUGUGUGUAUAUACUUGUAUACGUAUACAUAUAUGUACUGCUACGUGUGUUUGUGUCCUUGUUUCGACAAGAAGAGAAGAACGGCGGCUGCUGUCUGCUUUGUGAGCCUGGAAUCGACUCACUCUAAACUCCCGCCUCGAAUCCAACUCUUUUUGCUCUUUCUGAAAGGUCUAGAGACAGAAAGACACCCGCGUCGGACCCGCUGCCAAAAUGUAUCAUCUACACUAUCACGUCGACCUCUUCCACGGAUAUCGGCAACAAGAGAGAAGGAUGCGUUCGUUCUUCGUAUGUUUUCUCUGCCUCUAUAUACGACUCUUGGUCUCUCCGUCGUUCUCUGUUCUGGUGGACCUUGCGCUGCUUUUUCAGCUUUAAUGACAGAAGAAGGAAGUGUGUGGGAGCCGCGAAUCUCUGUCAGACAGGCUGCAGACGGCUACCUUGCUGGCGUAGGUCGGUGCCUGAAGCCUGGCGGACUCUUCAUUCAAAUAACUUUUCAACAGCCGCACUUUCGCAGGCGCUACUUGCUUAACCGUUUUUCACUGGAUCUAAAUGAGGAUGCGGAGUGCGAAGAUGGGAGACCCGCGCCGGGAGAGUGGAUUUCUGCGAAGGCGAAAAAUUUCCCUUUGAAAAAUCUGCCCGCCAAAUGGCAGUUUUCUGAGUCCUACGGUUGGGCGUUCUUCCACACAGACAUCGAAAAGAACACUCCAGGUUGCUUCUCCAACUUUUUCUUCCUCGCCGAAAAGACUUUGUGAAAAGGCACUAAAAGGUACAGAGCACCGAAUCCUUGAAGUAACAUUUCCUCCAAAGGCAGGCAUCGAUCUGGAAAAAAACGGCCCCGCACUUGUUUCCUGAAAUCUACACAUACAUGCAUCUGUCUAUAUAUAUAUAUAUAUAUAUAUAUAUACGUAUGUAUAUGCAUAUGUAUCUUUUUAUAAACAGAUGCAUAGAUAUAUGUGCUUUCACAUGUAAGCAAGCGAAACUGUACUUGUACGUGUAUCUCUGUGUGUAGAUGUGGGCGUGAGCGGAUGCGGGUGUCUUUAAGAGAAUAGAUUGCGCGUUGAGGGAAACGUUUAUGGAAAGAUAAACGCUUUCGUCGUCCCCAUCGAAUCACUCCAUGAUUUGUUACGCACUUGAGUGGAACGAAGCGCGCGCGAAAACGUGACUGCAUCGGGAACAGACGAUGCAUGCAGACGCGCGCAGGAAACAACUCCAAAGUCUAAUAGCCCACGGAAACGAAACUGCUGCAGAAUCUCGAAAACAAGUGACCUCUCUUCAAGCUCCUAUAGC